UGUGUGUCCACUUCCUUUUGUCUCGCAAGACUAAAUACUGUAGAACAUUUGUUGGACACCUUACAUUACUUCCUGAAUUGCACAUUUUGAAUCCUGAAUAUGGUGACCAACAUGUUGCUGCUAGUCCUCUUUGUUUCAGAUUUUCUCCCACAUCUUGUUGAAGGUUCUUGUGAGCACCUUCGCAUCACCACCCCGAGGCAGAUGGAAGCACUGAGUGGAUCCUGUUUGCUGAUCCCGUGUAACUUCAGCGCUGGCCCAGAUAACUCACGAGCAAUCUUCGGAGUGUGGAUUAAAAAAGAGUCCGCAUUUGACCAAAAACCAAAGAACGUGAUUUUCCACAGUGAUGGGACAAUCAACAGAUAUCCAAUGAGUAUUACAGGAAACCUGAAAAAGGGAAACUGCACCACUCUGUUUUCUAGUUUGAAAAAGAGUCACACAGACAAAUACUUCUUCAGGAUUGAGAACAGCCCAUUUAUGGCAACAGCUGCAUGUGAUCCUCUUCAAAUAACAGUGAAAGAUUCUCCUCCGAGCCCCACCAUUGAGAUCUCAGGUGAUCUGAAGGAGGCGGAGUCUGUCACUGUAACCUGCUCAGCUCCAGCUCCCUGUCCACACUCCCCUCCUAAACUCACCUGGACUCUCCAACAAGACCCUCCCAACACAAUGGAGGAAAACCCAGAUCGGACCUUGACGACUAAGAUCCAGAAGACCCUCACUCUGACAGACCAACAUGAUGGAUUCAACAUCACCUGCUCUGCCAGCUAUCCUGUGAAUCAAGGGAAAGAUGUGAAGACAGCAGAGGAGACAAAGACUCUCCAUGUUUCAUAUGCUCCUAAGGACACCUCCGCCUCCGUCAGUCCGCCCUCUUUGGUGUCAGCGGGCAGCUGGGUGGAGCUGAGCUGCUCCAGCAGAGCCCAGCCUCCCGUCAGCAGCUUCACCUGGUUCAAGGAGAGCCAAGAAGGAGUCAUGAACGUCUCACAGGGAGAGAUUUACAGCUUUAAUGCCACAGAGGGAGGACGUUAUUACUGCGUAACCACAAAUGGGCUUGGUAAUGGAACGUCAACAAUGAUCCAUCUUAAACUUAAAGGAACUGAUGGCUCUUCACCAUGGGGGGGAGUUGUUGGGGGGAUCAUUGGGAUCAUGAUACUCAUCUGUUUUGCUGUUGCUGCUUGGUGGUUGAAGUCCAAACAUACAACUCAAGAACAGUCACAGCAGGGGGAGCAGAUCAGGAGAGAACAUGAGACACAAAUCAAUGAUACGCAGAGGCUAACAGCUGUCCAAGAAUCAGCCGCAGCAACAGAAACAGGAGAAGAAAUCCACUACGGAGAGAUCGACUUCUCCAAGCAGAGGAAUAUAAGUCCCCCUGUCUCAGAGCAGGACGGUGGACAGACGGAGGACACGCUGUACGCUGAGGUCAAAGUGUCAGAGACAGCAAACAGACUAGAGGACCUCUACGCUCAAGUGAAAAGGAAAUGAAUGUAUAGACAAGUAUUUUUUUAGAUUUUUCAGGGUUUUUUUCUGCCACAAAAACCUUUUUGCUUCAAACCUUGAAGUUCUUUGCCAUAUAUUUAAAGUGUCAUAUUUCGAUUUUUUUAAAGUGCGCUUUUAUGUUAUUUAUUGCUUUAAUAAAAGGCCCUGCUAUGCAACAAACUGCAUUUUUUAACCCAACAUUUUACAUUUAGUAUUACUAAAAGAGUUCAAUUUAUUCAUAGAAAUAAACAAAGAAAGGGGAGUUGUAGGGCUACUUGAUCUCUGGCUGGACCUUUCAUAUCAAACUCAUCAGACUAUCAGAUAUAAAGUUAGACGAUGACGAAUAAAACAGGAAGUACAAAUAUC